AGUUCUGCUGCUGCGGUAUGUCGCAAACUCCUGUUUCGGGCACUUCUUCGACUAUGUCUACUGACCGUGUUGAAGACCGGGAAGUAGAUGUGUUCGAGAAGUUAAUGCGUUCAUCGCUGAAAGAUGUACGUAUUGACAGAGAAGGCGACAUUCAUGGAUUUUGUGAGACAGAAGAGGAUGUUGUCCAUCUUCUGAGCAGCUUGCGCGUCCAUGGCUACGCAUACUCAGUUAGAAGAAGUGCGUAUUAUCGCCAGCCCCCUUCAGGUGCUGCUAAACAUGAGACAGGCUUCUUCUACAGCCACACAAAAGGCAACAUACCAAUACAGUUUUUUGGCCCUGUCUUUUGUGUGGAAAGCUUAGUGAAAAGAGAAUGUACUCUUGGCCCGUUGUAUCAUAAAAAGGAGACUCCUGUUGCAGAUCAUCUGGUGGACCAUGUCAACCCAAAGAAGAAGAGAAAAGUUCUCAUGGACACACAAAAGAAAGGCUGUCCAGCAACAUUCGAUGUUAAGUGUGUCAGGAUAUUCCCAGAUUAUGCGAUAAACUCGGCAACAGACAGUUCAAAAAAAAGAGUACUCUGUGUUCUUGUGCCACAUUUAAAAGCAGCAUUCAGAUCAGCUUAUUUGGUUCUUUUGUAUUGCAUGGGAGCAAUGGACAAGCCACAAGCAAAAUUUACAAAAGAGUUGCAGUUGCAGAUCACCUUGGCAACAUCAAGGUGACACAGCUGUCUUCUCCCAGCAGCGAGAGGCAAUGUUGUGAUCAUUCCUCUGAACCUCCUUCUCUCGUGGAAAGUGUAAUUGACACACAAUGCACACCCAGGUGCGGUAGUCCCUACCGUUACACAUAAGUUUGUUGUGGCACAUUACCUGGUUGUGUAUCAUCAAGUCAAGACCGUAUCAGUCCAAGGGAAAAUAUAAUGAACACAAAUGAGUGCUCAGUUUCAGACAAAUGGCUGAAUUUUCCAGGUUUUCUGUACAGUGAACAAAUUACCACAUGGAGACAAAAGUUGCUGCAGAAGUGGCCUUCGUGUUCAAGUAAGACAGAAAGGCAAAUUUCUGAUUUUUUUUUUAUCAUGAUGCUAUUACACCAUCCUCAGGAUAAGAUGUAGCUAGAGCACACAUUCUCAAAGUCUGUUAAUGUUUAUAGUGCUGUAGGUCAGGUUUAUGACCUGCCUUGCUAAUUCCCGUGCAUCUUGCUCCUCUGAUGAAGUUGAGCUUCUGGGAUUGUCACGGCCUUGGUUUACUGCCUCCUCACUGCUGGUAUCCUCUGAACUUUGUAAUACAGGACUGGCAGAUUCAGACCAACUGCUGCUUCAGCCAAACCCAAAGGUCCCAUCGAGACAAAUGAAAGGGCUGUUCUUGUAACUGUCAUUCAACUUAUGAAAGUCCCAGCCAGGGUAAUAAAUGAAAAUUGCGCAGAAAUGUUUGCAUGGAAGUCUUCACAUGUGCAAUUAGGCUUUGCAGAAUUCACCACAUAGUAACAAUCCUUGGCCUCAGCACAUUCUACACAAAAUAAUCCCUCGCCCAUUUAUUUCACUGAGCUUUCGGUAAGUCCAGUUUGCGCUGAAGAAUAUAUUUUCAUUACGUGAUUCACAAAUUUGUGUGACUUGUUAUGCAAGAAGUGAGGAAUCUCUCUGCUGUAAGAUUUCACAGCUGAAUUCUUCAGACAAUAUUUUUUAAACAGGCUAGGGAGGAAAUCAUUUAUUAAAACUUUAACAACACCUGUCAGUGUUAUAUCUGCUGAAUGUCUAAGAAAAAAUGUUUUACUCUUUUAUUUAGUGAUUCAACACCAUUAGUAGUAGUAGUUAUAUUGGCGAAGAAAUUCUCCUUGUCCUCAUAGGCCUUCACCCACCUUUCAGACACUGAAAGCCAUUGCUUAUUAAAAUAAUAAAGUGCACCAGAAUUUCUAGUUAACAAUUCAUGAAAUUGAAGGUUUUGUUUUGCAGUUAAGAAUUGUUCUUCAGAUGGUGACUCUACAAUUUCUUCCCACAGCUUCAGAAUUUGCUCACUAUCUCCCGGUACAUCUAAAUUGUUCUUUUUGCUAAGCCACCAUUGCCAGGCUUGCUUUUGAUGAAAUAAACAAAGAUAAACCCUUGACAUUGGAAAUGUUCCUUUAAUUGCCCAUAUCUCAGGCUCAGAGAAAUCUGUAACCCAUGAAACUGGAUUCCAAUCUGGGUUCCGUGCCUUGAAAAUUUCUAGAGCCUCUUUAAUUGAAGCAGUGUUUUCUACUUGAAUGAAGAAUAUCCCACCUACUAAAUAGCAUACAUUAGCUUUCACUACCAAGAAAAAUAACGGAAUGUCAUACUUCAUUGUCUUGUAUGUUGCAUCAAGCAAACAUACCCUAAACCCUACCAUACCUUUUCAAAAGUUCCCUUUGCUACUUGUGCUGGUAACAAAAAAGCAAUGGCUGCACUUUUCCAUUGUCAUCUCUAAACAGUCUGAAAAAAAUCUCUCAGCCUUCGAUUCCGUUUCCCACCCAUUAAUUUGAUUCCUUAAUGCAUCUUGGUCAAUAACAGUUUUCUUCAAAUCAAACAGAGCCCGAUACAUAUGGCUAUAAAUUGUACUAUCUGUUGGGUGAAACAUUAUGUUCAUCCAAUUUGGUCUGUUCCAGCAACACUAAAGUGCACAAACCCCGAAAGUGUUAACAAACAAACUUUAGUUAAGUUUUAUUUGCAGCAAGUGUGUUUCUGUAUUGCAUCCUGGUCACUCACUGAUUUCCUUACAACAAAUCAGCUCUGAGCACAUGGGUGUAAGUUGUUUAAUCUGUGUGGUAAAACAAUAUUUGAGAAAAGGUUUUUCAUUUAUAAAACAGUAUCAACUCAAAAAACUUACGUACAUUGCUCAUAAUUUGUUGUGUAGUCAGAAUACACAUGUUGGAAUGAAUAAAUUCAAUUAUGUAAUUAACAUUUCCUUUGGCAAUGAAUCAUAUGAGCUAAACAUGACAUUAGAGGGAAUAGCAAUUUUCAAAUCAUAUUUUUCAGUGCAUAUUCUUAUGUGUGCAUUGUUCCUUUAAGCUUACACACAAUCUGUUGUUCAAAAUGACUAGUUGUUAGUGUUUUUAAAAUGUUUAUACUAUUGUACAUGUCAACGUAUUUUAUGUUUUGCAUUUAUGUAAGCACACAUGGACUAUGUAUGUGAAUUGGACAUAUGAAGAAAUGUCAUUAUGUAAUUAUCCUUUUUGAGUGAAAACUA